UGGAAUUUUAACAUAAUUAAUUAUCGUAUGUCAGACAGGCAAAAAAAGAUGGCAGACCACAAUUACGAAGAAAAAGACAUUAUAAAAAUCUUCAAGAAGCAGCUGCUUGCUUUUGGCCUCACGUGGAAAACUAUUGAAAUCCUCCUAAAUAUGGGUUUUUGUAGUUUAGAAGAUCUGCGUUGUUUAAAAGUUAAACACUUGGAUGAGCUUCAUCAGUUGUCUUUUGCACAAAGGGUUAAAAUGGAGAAAUUAAUAGAUCAAAAUUGGAUACCCUAUGAUGAAAAACAUUCUCUUGAUUUUAAGGAACAUCUACUCUCGCAGCAACUUAGCGAACAAACUGUAGAUAUUCUUAUUAGUAAUGGAUUUGACAAUAUGUGUGCAUUACGAUGUUUAAAUGUAACAGAUUUUGAUAGCAUGCAGGAUCUAACACUGGCUCAGAAGGCUAUUUUAAGGAAGAAAAUGGACGAUAAAUGGGUAGGUAAUCAUGCAGAGUGUAAUGAUAUGAAGGAAAAUGGGCAUGAACAGAAACUCUAUGAAGAAUUGAAACGUGAUCAAACAGUUGAACAAGAUGAAAACACAAGCCGAACACCGAACUAUGAUCAUGUUGAUCAACCUAAACCUAGAUCAUCUAAAAGAGCCUUCGAACAACCAAAAACGAGCUUUCGGGAAAACAGUGAAAAUGAAUUGAAAGAAGAACGCAAAAAGAGUAAUUUUUCAUCAAAAUCUGAGACAAAGACAGAUGGUAGACAAAGAGACAAAGAAAAAACAAGUCAUUCAUCUUAUAAAAGAUUUACUUCCACCAACAGUUAUCCUAAUGUAGAAGAAAGUUCACGGCGUCCGUCGCCACGGAGGUUUGUCGAACACAUGAAAUGCAACGUGGCUCGAGAUCAUUUUAAUAAAAAAGAAUAUGUUGAAAUGGAGUGUAUUUUAAUAAAUCUCGAAGAGGAAUCAAAAUCUGCGAUGGGUCGAAUCAGAUUUGGUAGCCUUAUUUCUAAAGGAUGUAGUGAUUUCUCCGAACUACAUGAUUGUCUGAAUUCAGAAACUACCGAUGUUCACACUUUACAUGACGUAAUUUGUCAUCAAUUAAUCACUCUCGCCGAAUCUCACGGAACUCUUCUGAAUGAGAUGGGAUUAACAUCCGAAAACCAGGUAUUUUCAGAGUGGGCUCACAAUAGUUCAGCUGUGUUUAAACAUGAUUCUAAUCUUGAAUAUGAUUCUAACCAGUGGAAAGACAUUAUUGGUAAAACUGAAGAAUUGGUAGACUAUUUUUCAUCGCUUUCAAUUCCUGCUCAGAACGUGACAAAAUCGUUCAUACUACUGAUAUUACAGUUUGUUAAUCGUGUAUGGAUAACUCGAAAUCACAUUCUUCCGUCUGAUCAUCAUGGUCUUUUGCGAAUAGCGACCUUUGCUAUAUAUCUCUGUGAAUGCAGGCUUGUGUCAUCAAGAUGUUUUUGUGAACUCAAGUAUAAUUCAUAUGCACAUGCAGCUAUCACGUUAGGUUGUAAUAUAGCAAAUUCCAGAUUGGAAGUUGAACAUUUUUACGAUCAUUUUCAUGUUUUUAAAUCAAAAAUGGAAGAGUAUCUUAACCAAUGUCUAGAGUUGGGUGUCGAUCCGGAAACAGAUGACAACGAGAGGAAUCUGGAAAGGUUUUCAAGCGAUGUUGAGACGGAAUGGGCAAACUACAAGUCAGCAAUUGAUUCUGAAGACGAGGAACUACCAUAUUACUCUAAAGGGGACGACGGCGAAAAACAAAGACUGGUAGAAUUACAAGUCGUAAAAUUGAAUCAAUUAUUCUGCAACAAACACUAUUCUGAGUUUCGUCGCUCUAUUGUUGAAUCAGAGAACAUUUUGCAAGAAACUGACUUUAAGUUGAAUAUUGCUGUAUCUCCCAAGUUUGAAGAAAUUCAUAAGUCAGUUAGUGAAUUAAACUUUGGAAGUGCACAUGAACUUUUAGAAAGUCUCCAACAUAAACUGCUGGAUCUGGUAAUUGACCACAAAAGUGUCCUCGGGAAGAUGAAAAUGUACUGCAAUGAUGCUUUAGCCAAAUGGACAGAACUCUUCGUCACAUUUUGCUCAUCUCAGGAUUGCAUAUAUGGCUCAGAACUAUGGAAGGAGUCCUUGGCCGUGAGCCAGAUUACAAUUGAUAAUGCUCAAAGAGGAAUUGAUCCUAACGGGCAAAUGGUCAUCCAGUUGUAUUUACAAUUGAUGAUUACAAUGAUAAUGAAAUUUAGUUUAGCUUACGAACGCGCUGUUCCCAAUGAUUAUGCAAGCCACGUUCGUCUUGCUUUUAUGAACAUGACAAUGCUUAAGAGUUCCCUCCUGAACUCUCAGUGGUAUUCAAAGUUGAAAUAUGAUGUGUACCAAUGCGCAGUACGAAGUCUAGGGGCUUGCAUUAUAAAUGAAAACAUUCCUGCUGAUCAUUCUACAUACGAACAAUACAAACAUGUUAAAGAUAUUCAUGAUAAAUUAGAUGUCAGCUGUCGAAAAUUAUCAAUUUACGCUGGAUCAACAGAAGCCAGAGAAAACCUUAAAAGACUUAACAGAGAUGUUGAACGUAAGGUUUUUGGAAAACCGAGGAAUCAGAAAAUAUAUGAAGCCAGGAAAGGAGGUCAUCAAGUAAACGUAAUCGGGAGCGAUCCUCAUGUGGCUCGUUAUAUAGAAGAGUCAGUUCAAAAUUAUUACCAACGAAAAUUUGACGAGAUGACUGUCUGUUUGAACGACGCAGAAACGUUCGAUGGUACAUGUGAUAUUAGAUUAGCUUUUGCAGGAAAUUGUUCACCAAAUUUCAAUGCCGCUGUUAACUUUAGCAACAAUAUACCUGAACAUCUUGGGCUGGGUGUUGUUAUUAAAACAACAUACGAUCAGUUAAUGAACUUAGCAGAUGAUCACCAACGAAUCAUGACAUAUAUGAAAGAGACAAAUAGUUUGGACAUGGUCAAUUUGAUCAAAUAUUUAUUUGGUCAAGAUAUUAAUUAUGGUACAGAUGAAUGGGAAAUAAUGAUUAAGAAAUCAAAGCAGGUGGUUACCUACUUCGAGAGCCUGACUCCGAAUGGUCAGUCUGUAACUAAAGCAUAUGUUCUUCUAUUAUUGACAAUUUUGCAUAAUUUUAUAGCAACGAGAAAUAGACUCUGCACUUAUGCUCGUCACAAGCUGCUUCCAUUCGUUAUAUGCGGUGUUCCUUUUUGUGAAAGUAAAAUGUUGGCGUUUGACGCAUGGACACAUGCAAAAUUCAGCGUUUACGAACUUGCAGUAGUAACGAUAGCCGCAGCACUCAAGGCAGGUCAAAUUCCAUGCUGCCCAUCGUAUCCUAAAUAUUGUAGGAAACUUUGGCAAUUAAAAGAAAGUGCAAAUAAACUAGGAAUAUCCGUUAUUGGAAAAGAGAAAGAAAAUUUCCUCAACGAGAUUUGUCAAGCUGGAAAUGAGUUGUACAAGGGAUCAGAAGAUCGAAUGCACAUAUCAGCUGCAUUGCUGUAUUUUGACGCUCGUUGCUAUAUGGGCAUGAUGGCAAUACUGAACGCAGGCGAUGAAACUUAUAGUAAUGCUGUGCACAUCAGAAUGAAUUUCAUGAUGAGAAUAUCCGAUGAAUUUGAAACUUGUGUUGAUUACCAUAAUCAGAUUUCGCAUGAAACAUCUUACGAAAACCUAAUCAGCAAAGGGUACGAAAUGUUACAUUUAUUUUCAAAAGAUCAUUCAAAAAUCGUCAGAAAAAUCGAAAAGUCGAGUUCAGACGCCCUAUGUAAUUGGGUCGAUGCUGUUUUUCAAGCUAAAGGAAGCAGGCCAGAUGUGCAUCCAGACACGUACGGUUCUGAUGAAUGGGAAAGUAUGCUGGAAAAGAGUCGAAUUGCAAGAAAGUAUAUCAUGGGUUUAAGUAAAGUGUCAAUAUGCAUCUCACAAGCAUAUUUGUCAUUUUUUAUGAGCUGGUGCAUGAAUUUCAUUUCAAAAAGACACCGUCUCUGUCCCAUAAAAAAUGACUUUACUGGAGAACUGAGGCUUAUUCUUGCAGUCAUUGAGCUGUGUAAAGAGGCGCUUACUACGUCACUUCUUUCGAUUGAAACAAAAGAAAGAGCAUAUGGUUUAGCGGCUUUACUAUUGACGCAAGUCGAAAACACAGGCGAAGCCGGAAUAAAGGAGAUGGAGGAGAUUACUAAGGUGCACGAUGAUUAUACAGAAAAGAUUAAGUCAUAUGACCAGAAGUUACAGAACAGAGAAACCAACAAAAAAUAUUGGCCGUCGGAAGAUUCUUACGACGACGGUUUCGAUGAAAAGAUAGGCCAACCUGCAGCCGAGGAUAAACAAGAUACACAUAAGUCCAACGAAGAAUUCUCUGAAGAUAUGAAUCCUACAGGAAGUGGAAACGUAAAAAGCAAGAACCUAAGCACAGAAAGAAUGUCAUGUGUUAUUACAAGCGCAGGGGAACAUGCAUGCAUUGUUGGAGGUGAUCAAAUUAUACAUAACUAUUAUAUGAUUCAAGGAAAGGGAGAAUCCACCGAAGAGCUUUCUCAAAAGUCUCUCGACUAUUUUGAGAUGACAAAAAAAACUUUUGAGUAAGGUAGCUUAGAAGAAAAAAAAAAACAUGCAACUGAUCGUGAUACUGUUUCGAGAUUUAUUCAUUUAUUUACAGGAACAUUUCUGAAAACAAACGAAUAUAGUAUGACAGUGGCUUACAUCACUUUAUUGAAGUUAGUUUCAUACGCAACUUUCUUGCGUAAGCUUCCUAUAAAAUCUUCCUAUAAAGCUUUGAGUUAUGAAGUGGAGUCAGUUAUAGCCGGUGGUCAAAACCCUGAGGGUCUACUACCGGCGCGAAAAUUUGGGUAAAUAGUACCUCUAGGUGACCGGAAGUGACAAUUAGAGUAAAAUUUAUCAUCAUCACAUCACCAUUAUAGUCAAAAUGAAGCACCAACAAAUUUCUCAUGAUCAUUUAUCAGCGAUUUUCGGCAAUCAUAGAGAUCUAAAUAAAUUGGGUUGUGUAUUGAAAAUAAAACUUUAAAACAUUA